UUUCCUCUGUGAAAGGGGGGAGGAGUGAAGGGAGAAAUUCAAUAUCGUAAUCCAAUAUCGAAGAGAGCCAAAGCGCGUGAAAGUUAAAACGCCACUUCUUAACAGCAGCAAAAAGCGGAUCGCCGCGUCCGCAUGGCGUUGCGCGACUUUUUCUGAGAGCCAAUCGCUUUCUUUUUAAAACCACAAACAGACGACAGCUGGACAAGAGUUGGACCAAAACUUUUUCAUUGAUCAUUUGACACCUCUCCUAACACCUCGCCCGCAUCCACCAGCUCGGUGCGCUGCUCGCUAUAGCAGCUUCUCUCGAGUUACUCUUCUCUCCGGUCCAACGGGCCUUGGCGCACCAUGGCCGGAGCAGUUGCGGGUGGCAGGCCGGGCUCGGUCCGCUCCCGGACGGGUAAAGCUGCUGCGCUGGCCCGGCUAUUGCACCGAGAUUGCACUCGCCUGCUGGAGCUAUAUAGGGAGAGAGAGCACUUCCCGCCCGAAUUUUCCCCGGAGAAGGGCCGCAUAGUGCCCGUCGCCCCCUCGGCGCCCCACCUCUCCGCCAGCGAGAGGGUGUGUCUCCUGCACUCCGCCCUGCGACAGUGCCUGGGGCUUCUGGAGCGCGUGAUUGGCUGGGAGGAGGAGCAGGGGGCAGACGGGGAGGGGGAGUACCAGAGCGUCCGCAAUGCAGUGAGGGACAGACUGGGGCACCUGCUCCAGAGCACCAAGGCCCUCCUGGUGGACGGAGAGGGAAUGGCGGCGCUGACCCCUGACCCCAACAACGCAGAGGAGAUGGACGGGUUGGGAAGAGAUGGCGCGUUCGGGGCGAAGCUCUGGGCCUACCGGGUCCUACAGGAGCUGAUCCACUGGACCCACUCCACUGCUCAAACACUCCACGCGCUGCAGACAGACAGAGAGAAGGAGAGAGGGAAGAUGGGGAAAAAAAGGGAAGAA